UCUUCACAUACAGAUGCUGUUCCAGUGGCUGGGAGUGGUACUAAGAGUCUAAAGCAAAGGAAAAUCUAUCACCGCACCUCUGGGCAUCUCUAAAGUAUUUAAGAAGAAAACAAAGAGGAGCUUCCAAAUCUAGACAUCCUGCAUGACUGGCAAUCCACGUAAGAGACUUGCCUGGACUGACUAUGCCUUUGAUUCAAAGCACGGGCAAGAUCAUGAGAGCUCAAAUUCCAAGGAGGACCACAAGAAGAAAUCAAAAGAAAAGGAAAGGAGACUGGCAGUCUGUCAAUGGGGCUUGGAUGUACAGCCCCUUAUUUCAUCUUCUAAAUGGCUUCAACUUCAUGGGCUCAAGAGAAAUAAAUUGUCCCUCUCCCAGAUUUUGUCACAAAUUGGAUUCCAGCACAGGAAAGAUUAUGUGACCACCUUGGGGAAACUUGUGGCUUCUCGGUAUGCAGAUGGUCUGUUUCCUCAAUAUAUGAGAGCGCAAGAUGGCAGCGUAUAUAAUCUGACAGCCAAAAAAGAACUGAUUCUUCAUUUUGUGGACUGUCUAAUGAGAGCUAUUGAGCUAUACAAGCAGCGAAUGGAAUGGUUAACCAGUGAAAGCCGACAGAUAUUUGGAGUGAUUCAAGAACAGUGCAUUGUCAUUGUUUUGGAUUUUGGCACUGUGUCUCCAACUGAAUUUGACCUAUGCUGUGAUGCACUUUCGAUGGUCCUCGUGGAACAGGUGACCCAAAUUGCCAAAUUUAACCUCAUUCGGGCUGCUCAGGAUCUUGUGAAGUGGCAACAGAAAUCUGCUCCCGUUUCUGAACAUACUGUAAAGUCUGCUGUUAAGUGGCUCUGGAAGCUGGAUCGUAUGACAGCUGCCAGCCCUACCAGCUCUGCUGAGGCUCUGCUGGAAGCCAUGAGAGAUGAGACAGUUGAAGCUGUUUAUUUCUUUGCUGUGGGUGAUAUUCCUGGAGAUGCAAAGCAGCUACUUCUUCUUCAGAUUUCUGAUGGCCCUUGCCCCGUCAACACAGUAUCUUUCAAUGCCAGGGAAGAUGAAACUGUUAUUUUCCUGAAGGAGUUGAGCCGCUUGGCCUCUGGCAGAUUCCAUGCUUUUGUUGAGAGGAUUGACUACAUAGAUGCUACUGGACCUGCACCAAAAUGUGAAGAGGAUGGAAACGGUCUCAGUGCCCAGAAUUCCAGAAAAGUGAAAGGGCGGAUGCCACUAGUAGCUGGUGUCCGUGAAGAUGUCUUCUUGAUCUGGAAGGAGUUAGAGGAAGCUAGGAGUACACUGACGCAAAUCCAGAAAAUUUUAUCAGAAUCUGACCAGCCUGCUUCUCAAGAUGGGACCAAACCUGAUCAUUUGUUACGUGAGCAUAAAUCUGAUGAAUAUUUGACUUCAGAAGAGUGGUUGCAGAAGUAUGGCUUGAAAGCUCGGAAGCUGACGCUGUAUGAUGCGCUUGCUGAUUGUAGUUUUCGCCAUGCGGAUGGGAUUGUUGACAUAAAAAGUAAACCAGAGGAUGAAUCUUCACAAACUGAUGCAGAGACAAAGAGGAAGAUAAUUCAUGCAAAAUACUGUGACAAGUUUGUACACACCUUCUGGAAAGAUGGUUCUGUAGUUCAUGUACAUGUAACUACAGAAAAGUACAAGCAGUAUGAAGAGAAAAUGAGGACUGCGCUCAGACAAGUGGAAGGAAGGAUUAAGUGGCUUCAGCAAGGAAGCAGAGGGCUCUUUGGAAAUGUGUUUGAAGAUGAUAUCUAUAUUCUUAUUGAUACAUCUCAGUCCAUGAAGGACAAGUUGUCAUUGGUGAAGGAGAAAAUAUUUCAGCUCAUACAGGAACAACUGAGACACAAAAAGAGAUUUAACUUUGUGAAAUUCAGUGCUCGAGCAGUGGCAUGGCAAGAGAAACUAGCUGAAGUUAAUGAGGAGAAUUUGCAAGAUGCUUGGCUUUGGAUAAAAGGGCUUGAGGUUGGCAGUUCCACAAAUACGCUCAAAGCUCUCCAGAUUGCUCUUGCUGAUACUGACACUCAAGCCAUUUAUCUUUUGACUGAUGGAAGACCUGACCAGCCCCCCCAAACAAUUUUGACUGAAGUUCGGCUUCACCAUAAGAUUCCCAUUCAUACUGUGUCCUUCAACUGUGAUGAUACAGAAGCUAAUAAAUUUUUGCAUGAACUAGCUACUGAAACAGGGGGGCGGUUUCAUUAUUACAACAUUUAUUUGACAGAUCCUGAAGCUGCAGAGGUUAUUCUUAGUGAAGACAUGCAUCUUUUAAAAAGAGAGAUUGAAAAGGGAGAAAGAGACCUAGCAAAAGUGAAGAACUUUCAUGCUGAAUGUCUGAUGAUGGAUUGGUGUAAGGGAGAAAAAGAUCCAGAGAAUAACAGUAAUCACAAGCAGAUACUUGCUAUGUCUUCUGUAACCACACGUGUUCAGGAGUUGAGUACUACGCUUAGCAGUAGGCCAUGCUGUGCUUCAGAAGAGCCAUCACCGACUGCACAUCGGUGCACAGUAGGUGCCUGGCAAACAACUGGCGACAGUCCAGCCCAAAGGAAGAAAGCACUGUAUGCAGAGCAAACAAAGACGAGUCUGUUGAGAAUCCUGAGCCGUAGCAUGAAAUCUGGGGAAGAAAGCCCAGAGGAAAGAAUAUCUCCUGAAAAAAGGGGGUUUUAUGUCAGAAAGAGUGUGAAAUCUGUAACCAUUUUCAAAGAUCCGAAAAUGCAGAAAGAUGCGAAAAGAACAUGUAAAAGUUCUGUAGAUAUCUCUUCGGCUCGUUGGUUAAAGACCCAUGGCUUGGUUGCCAGGCGACUCACCAUCAUGGAUGCCUUAGCUCCAACAGCUGUCCCUCAUGGUACUAAAUACAUCCCAGCUCUGGACAAGCAUGUGGGUUCUAAAGUAUUUGAUGAGAUUUUACCAUUGGCCCAUGUUAGCAACGACAAGAAGCAGAUCACACUAAUUAAUCCUCAGGCAGUGAAUCUUGAUGCUUAUAAAGAGAAACUGGAACAAGCUAUUAAAUCCUAUGAAAGGCGCCUAAAUCUAAUUAUUUGGAGAGUACUACCUCAAGACGAAAGAGACAAAUUUAAAAAGGAUGGGCCAGUCCAAUAUAUGCAGAAUAAGGAAGCUUUGCUGGAGGCUUUAGAAAAGCUAGAAUGGCCAAUUUCCUAUGAAGAUGUAAUAUUGUUAGAAGAUGAGAUACUGGCAGCAUUAACGUACAAGCAACAAGCCUCUGAUCUUCAGGAAGCUGUGAAAAAAGAAAUUGAGAAAAACUCAGAGUCACACGUUAGCAAGAAUAAAAAGAGACUUGAAGAAGAAGCUGUGAAGUCACAGUCUAAAAAAAGACAAAAAGGAAAAGUAUUUUUAACUCUCAAAAGCCACAAGGUGAUUGCAAGAUCAGACAUCACCGGAUUUUAUUAUCCAGGAACUGUGAUAAAGAAUAUUAGUUCUACCCAUGCAGUUGUUGACUUCAGCUGUGGGGAGACCUGGACUGUACCUGUGAAGUUCAUUAUAUCUGUAGGGGGUGCUAUGCCAUGUCCGUAUCUGCAGGUUGGAGACUAUGUGUUUGCCAGGACUUGUACACAGACUGGAAAUGAUUAUUAUGUACCUGCCAUUGUCAUAGCAACACCAAAGAGAGUGGAAACGGAUAAUAAACUCUACGUGGUUCUGACGUUCAACAAUAGGAGAGAACACUGCUUACGAAGUGGGCUUAUUAAAAUCAGCCAGACAAAGUAUGCCUUUUCCUGUCGGUACAUAAGAAUGGUGCAGAUGGCAGAUUAUAUGAUCCUGGACAAAGAGACCAAAAAGUCCCAUCCUCACUCAUCUCUGGGAGAUGAAGCAGGAGAAGAAGUAAAGGAAAAUAUUGUGAAAGAACAUAGGGGAAAAAAGAAAAAGAAGAGGGCAGCAGAGGAUAAAAGACAUCCCGGAGAGACGAUGUCAGACUCUGAUGAUCUUUUGUUUAUCUCCAGGAGGGAAGUAAAACACAGAGGAAGAAAUUCACUGCCUAAUGAUGAAGAGGAAUUUGAAGCACCUUCUUUCUCCGUUUUGUUAUCCUGCUGCUCGUCAAGGUGUGGAACGCUGCUCUUGCCAAGCACUUCGGCUCCUAGCUCACCGCAGCACCCGUGUUGCUCUCGCAGUCUUGUCGUGGAAACCUCGCCAGAGUCUGGUCAGAGCAGCACCACCAGUCCGAUCACAGGCAAUGCGGGGCAGCAAGGAGUGGCAGGACAGCCUCAGCACUACUGCACAGAGCAUUAAGGAUGGAUGAUGAAGGAGCCUGUGAAGAACGGAUCGGGCUGCAGAUAGGGACUAUUUCUAACACUUGCA